AUGGUGCUAGUCAAUGACCACAUCAACUAUGAAAACAGGACCAACCUGGUGCAGCCUAAUUCCCUUAUUGUGCUGGCAGCACAUCAUUUGGUUUCUUCAGACUCUGUUUCCUCCACCAGUAGUUUCUUGAGCUUGAACUCUACUCUGUGUAAUGAGCAAAAUGUGCACAUUUUAAACAAGAGCAUACAAACAGGUAACUUUGAGAUUGUGACUGGUACCAAGAAACAUACCCAGGAUGUUGGGGUGACUUUCCCAACUCUAAGAUCUAGUGAGGCCAGAUUAGAAGACAGUGAUAUGACUUCUUGUCCAGAAGAAAAAGUCCAAGAGAAAAUGUUCUUUACCAGUUAUCUUGGUAACAAAAAGUUACAGAAGGACAAGCCCAAUUCCUGUGAAGGAGUCUGAUGGUUUGUUCCUGUGGAAUAUGUGAAGUCUAGAUCUAAAAAGGAAAACCUGCCCAAGGUUUAUGUCCCUGGCAUCACCUGGUUUGAACCACUAACCAAAACCAAACCUUGGAGGGAGCCACAGAGGGAACAGACCUGGCAAGGACAGUGCAUGGAUGGUCAGUGGUCACUGGGAGGCCCAGGUGGAGAUGGUGGCCACAUCCCACUGAGUCUGCUUGUGAGAGCAACCCUGCAGGUCUAG